CUCGUCCCGGGCUCGGGGCGGCUCCCGCCUUCGACCCGGUUCCGCAGCGGCCUGGCCCGAUGGCGCCUCAGCGGAGGGGUGCGCUCAGGGCGCCCGAGGGCAGCGGGGCGUCAGAGCGCCGGCGCCCGUGCAGCACAAAGAAUGUCCGGGCACCUUGGGAGGUGCAAAGGAAGUGGCUGAGAACUACCGUCCUGGGGGCCUGUGCUGUGCUUACUGGGCUCCUGCUCUGGAGCAGCCUGGGGGGUGAUGAUGGCGUCACUGAGGUCCUGGCUCACCGUGGGGAGAUCCUGACUGGCAGGUUCAUUGAGGUGCCCUGCUCGGAGGACUAUGACAGUCACCGAAGGUUUGAAGGCUGCUCCCCUAGGAAGUGUGGGCGGGGCAUCACCGACACCGUCAUCACCAGGGAUGAAGCCCGGAGGAUUCGCAGCAUAGCUGAGAAGGGGCUGUCCCUGGGAGGAUCUGACGGAGGGGCGUCCAUCCUGGACUUGCACUCAGGAGCCCUGUCUGUUGGGAAGCACUUUGUGAACCUGUACAGAUACUUUGGAGAUAAAAUACAAACCGUCUUCUCAGAAGAGGACUUCCAGUUGUACCGGGACGUGCGGCAGAAGGUCCAGCUCACGAUCGCCCAGGCUUUUGGCAUCAGCGCAUCUUCGCUGCACCUGACCAAGCCCACGUUCUUCUCCCGCAUCAACAGCACCCAAGCCCGGACGGCACACGACGAGUAUUGGCACGCACACGUGGACAAGCCUUCUGUUGCCCCUGCAGCUGCAGGUGGCCUCUCCUCGGGCCUGCCUGCCCCGCCCCCAUGUUCUUCCUCUUCAUGGGAAGAUCUCUUGACCACUCCGGACCCUCUGGAUUUCCCGUCCUUGCUCUGCUCUCGAUCCGUGAUGUUGACCAGCUGCAGGAGGAGCCUGUCCCUGCCUGUCCUGCAGCCACCCCACCCCCCACCCCCCCCCGCACACCCACGGUCUCGGCAUGCUGCCAGGGGAGACCUGCCUCGGGAGACACCCGAGGGCUGCCAUGUGCUCAGGUGACCCAGGACACCCCUCGUGUCCCUAGAUGCUAGAACAAAAGAAGCAAGUGGAAAAUACCCAGAACCGGGGUGAGUGAUGAGGCAGGUUGGGAUGCACGCUUGCAGAUGUGGCUUUGGCUUCAAGACCAGCCAGACGCCUAGUGUCUGUUUCAUCUCGACUGAGCUGAUGGAGGAGGCACCAUGCAUGGCUGCGAGCACUUGCGUGUGGUUAGUGAAACUGAGGACCCCGACAUGUAAUCGGCUCAAGCCAGUGUAAACAGAAGUGGCAUCUGUGGCCAGUGGCUCCCGUGUGGGCCCACACCGCUCUGGGGCUCCACCAGAUUCAGGCUGGGAGUGUGGGGUUUCUGGCCUCCAGGUGGCAGGCACCAUGUGCUCAGAUCCGGCUGUGAUGGAGCCCCAUCCCCCUGCACCUCGUGGCAUUGGCAGCUUUUGACCCAUUGGUAACCACGGUCAGAUCAUCAUUCGGGGACAGGGUGAGACCUUUGGUGUCAGGUGAUCGCAGACACUACAGAGGCAGAAGAGGGUGUUCUGGUGCUGAGGGAAAAGACGAUGUAUGUGGAGGACAGACAGGUACUUCCAGCACACAGAGAAGGGGGCCCCACGCGUGGGCUGGAGUCCAGGAGGAUUUCCUGCACAAAGGAAGGACAGCCGUCCACACACCAGGAAGAGUCGGUUCAAGAGAAACACGCCCUGGCCGCGUUCUCGAAGAUCAUACUCUUCAGGCGGGAAGGGACAGGCCCCGGUGACAAGUCGGAAGCUGCAGGCUCUCCAGAGGGGUGCUUAGAGCCAGGAGGCCACAGAAGGCUCUGCAGGAGCCAGGGCAGUGCGAGCAGCCAAGGACCGCUCACACGUGGGCAUGGUGAGAAGACGUCCUCAGACACAAGAGAACUGGACCGUGGCACCUGCUCGUGAUCCGCGGGGCUCCUGUCUCUAGCUCAGGACAGACUCCCCACCAGAGCCCGCUGUUUCCAGUUUCCUCCUUACCCAGGUCCCCGGUUUUCACGUGAGCUUUGGGGGGUUCCUGUGCAGCAUCUGGGGAUGGGUGGGUAUGAGAGGGUCAGGCUCCUGGACCCUCCUGCUGUACCUGGGUCUCUUUUAAGCUUAUGUGGCUCAUGUAUGCUUUCAACUCAUGUGAGGUUCACUGCUGAAGGUGUUCUAGAAGCAGGCCCUGGGAGAUCGUGGUCUCCCAUCACCCUGGUGUUUGUUUGGUGAACGAAUAUCAGUUAAGGCGAAGCCAAGAUGGGCUCUUGGUGGGGUUGUGGAGCCAA